CGCCCCGCCUCCUUUCGGGCUGGGGCGGUUAUGUAAUUACCAAAAAAAAAAAAAAAACCAAGAAGAGGCCUUGAAAAAUCUUUGUUAACUCUGCUAAUCGUUUCUUAGACCCCGCAAACAAAAAAAAAAGCCAACUAUCUUUCUAUUUCUCUUCUCUUAGCUAGCUUACGAUUUUACAGCAAUGAUUUGAUUUUUUUCUUAAAUUUACGCUUUGCGCUGGCAGCGCCGCCUUAACAAGUUCUCCAAGCUCUCAUUGCCAACCACCAAGAACCAACAACUACCACCACCGGCCCUUCAGCUCCUGGCAUCCAACGUUUUGUGUAUAUAGCUUAGCCACACUACCCCCAAACAACAACAAAAAGAACAACAAAUAAAGUAUAGCAACUAUAUCCAGUAGACCAGCAACCGCCACACAACCACCGACAAAUCUCGACUUGCGAUUGCCCCGAAAAUAAAUGAGACUUGGAGAAUCUGCCAAAGCGUCGCUGCUGCAGCGCUGCAAACGAAAAAAAAAAUACCGAAAAAAUUAUAACCGAAUCACAACUGCGCUAGUCAUCAACUCUAUGUAAACUAACUAUAUAUUCCGUAAUCUCAAGUAGAAACCCUCAUAGCACAUCCCGCACUCGAUUCAGUGCCGCCCCACAGACUAGAUCUUCUGCCAUAGCUCUAUCUUUAAAUAGAUUUACUUAACCCUAGCUUAGCUCUAGCUAUCUAUCUCGCUCUCUGUCUCUUGCUCUCUCAUUUUCGCUCCCGCUCUCUCCAAAUCUCUCCAAUGCUCGACAUCUAUAAACUUCUGUACCUGAACCAGAAACUAUACUUCCAGUACACCUGCAUACUCGUCUUACUCUAUGAAUAUUAUAUAUAAACAUAUAUCCCCCAGCUAUAAUCGCUUUUGUAAUUAAACCUUUCUCCAGAGUCCCCUCUGCAUCUCUCUCUCGCUCUCUCUCUCUCUUUGACUCUCUAUCUCUCUGCCUCUGUCCACACCCCCCAAAAAAAAAAGUUCCCAUGACUAUGUAUCUACGAAAAGCGUGGUAGCCAAGGUCCUUGAGGGACCCGCAGGAUGGGUGGUGGCGUACAGCAUCCGACCGACCACCGCAACCGAAAUGAACAGCAACCGAAAAGAAACAGAAAAUGCAAAUCAAACGAAAAUGCAAUGAACUGAACCAACAAUGCAUAUAUGCUAUAUAUACGUGUAUAUAAAGAUUUCUGUAUCAACUGCCGAAUCUUAAUUCAUACUCCUUCUCUUCUGAGCAGUCCAAGAAGUAACGAAAAGAAAAGCAAAUAGAAAUUGUAGUCGAAUUUCGCAUAGACAGAACCCCCCAAUCAGGUUUAGAGUUAUAUUUGGUAUAUAAGAAACGAAAAAAUAUUAGUACAUUCACAUUCAUUCGCAUACACAGACACACAUGCACAUUCAGACAUUCGCUUAGUAUUUAUCAUCAUAAAUGUAUACCCAACCCAAAAAUCAUAUCGUUCACCUAGCGUUAAUUGCAGCUCCAAAAAGGUGUUUCGAAAGCCACGCACUCACACUGUAGCAGAAGUGGUCGUGCUCCAUAUAUGAGACCAUACACACGCACACACUCGAACGACAAGGAUAACCCGGUCACACACACAUGCGGCGGAGAGUGUGGGCCCCAGCAUCUCUGAGCUUUCCUCUCCCUCUUUGCCACUCUCUCUCUCUCCCGCUCUUUCGAAGGACAUUGCCGUAUGUGUGACGUGAGCUUUUCCGGAUAAAGCUCACUCAGCUGUCAAACAGAAAGGAAAACAACUGUAACAGGGACUAUAGCCAUCUCUGUCCCUUGUAGAAAAUAGAAGUGGAAACUCCCGUUAGAAUAUCCCUGCUGGGACGCCAAUACAAUGUUGCACUUUGUUGAGCACAUUUUACCGAAUAGCUAGCUCUGUAAUCUUCUAACCUUAGUAAUUUGUUGUGCCAGGACUCUAGGACUGUAAGAAUCACGAGGCACUCGCAUUAAACCAUCCUCUAUGUGGGGGGGUAUAGCCACUUCCCCAUCUCAUAGUUCUUGUUUAAUGCAAGUGCCUCCCAUGCGGCGUAUACUCAACGUAGGCCAGAACAACAGCAACAACAUCAACAGUGCCACUAGCACACCACCACCACAACUAAAACCACCACAAAAGACACCCACCUGCACUACCAAAAAUACAGCCACUGAAAAAUUAACCACAAUCGAGCGGUUCUCAUGUGUCGUCCAUUUUUGUUUUACUUUCCCAAUCAAAAUUCCAAAGUGAUGCUGAAUUUGAAGACGAUGAAUCGGUAUAAAGUCUGAGAAUGCCUCUGUCCUAUCUGCUCUCUCUCUCUCUCUCUCUUUCACUCUUCCUGUCUCUCUCUCGCUCUGUCUCUGUCUAACUCUAUCUGUCUAUAAGCUAAAUCAUCCCAAGCCCAUUCAAAAAAAAAUUCUAAAAAAAUGAACAACAAGAAAAACUUAAACAAAGAAUACAACAACUUUGCUCAUCCGUUCGUUUCUUUGUUUCUCUGUAUUUUCUUUCAUUACUUUUGCCUUUGGAAACCCUAUGUGUUAUUGUGUGCCCACCAUUAUGCUUUAAUUAAACCCUAUAUUCCCUCCUCGCAAUUCCCGAAUGUUUGUGUACCCGCUUCCGUUUCUUGGGUUCGCUUCCGUUUCCGUUUCUGUAUCCGUUUUCCGUUGUGUUUUUUAGUCAGUGCAUCCGAAGAUGAAGAGCGCUUGGUGCGUGACCUCUUUCGAGGCUACAAUAAACUCAUACGACCCGUACAGAAUAUGACACAAAAAGUUGGAGUAAGAUUUGGUUUGGCGUUCGUACAGCUAAUCAAUGUCAAUGAGAAAAAUCAAAUUAUGAAAUCAAACGUUUGGUUACGUUUGGUUUGGUACGACUACCAGCUGCAGUGGGAUGAGGCCGACUACGGCGGCAUCGGGGUUUUGCGUCUGCCCCCCGACAAGGUUUGGAAGCCGGACAUUGUGCUCUUCAAUAAUGCCGAUGGUAACUACGAGGUGCGCUACAAGUCCAACGUGCUGAUCUAUCCCACUGGCGAGGUCCUCUGGGUUCCGCCGGCCAUUUACCAGAGCUCCUGCACCAUCGACGUCACCUACUUCCCCUUCGACCAGCAGACCUGCAUCAUGAAGUUCGGUUCGUGGACCUUCAACGGCGAUCAGGUCUCACUCGCCCUGUACAACAACAAGAACUUUGUGGACCUGUCCGACUACUGGAAGUCGGGCACCUGGGACAUCAUAGAGGUGCCCGCCUAUCUGAACGUCUACGAGGGCGACAGCAACCAUCCCACGGAAACGGACAUCACCUUCUACAUCAUCAUCCGACGCAAAACGCUCUUCUACACCGUGAAUUUGAUUCUGCCCACGGUGCUGAUUUCGUUCCUCUGCGUUUUGGUAUUUUACCUGCCAGCCGAAGCCGGCGAGAAGGUUACGCUUGGUAUUAGCAUUUUGCUGUCACUGGUUGUGUUCCUGUUGCUGGUGUCGAAGAUUCUGCCGCCGACGUCGCUGGUGCUGCCGCUGAUCGCCAAGUAUCUGCUGUUCACCUUCAUCAUGAACACGGUGUCCAUCCUGGUGACCGUGAUCAUCAUCAACUGGAACUUCCGUGGGCCGCGCACCCACCGCAUGCCCAUGUACAUCCGCUCCAUCUUCCUGCACUACCUGCCCGCCUUCCUCUUCAUGAAGCGUCCGCGGAAGACCCGUCUGCGCUGGAUGAUGGAGAUGCCCGGCAUGAGCAUGCCCGCCCACCCCCACCCCUCCUACGGCUCGCCGGCCGAGCUGCCCAAGCAUAUCAGCGCCAUCGGGGGCAAGCAGUCCAAGAUGGAGGUCAUGGAGCUGUCCGACCUGCACCACCCCAACUGCAAGAUCAACCGCAAGGUCAACAGCGGCGGCGAGCUGGGCCUGGGCGACGGCUGCCGCCGGGAGAGCGAGUCCUCCGACUCCAUCCUGCUCUCCCCGGAGGCCAGCAAGGCCACCGAGGCGGUGGAGUUCAUCGCCGAGCACUUGAGGAACGAGGAUCUGUACAUUCAGACUCGCGAAGAUUGGAAGUACGUGGCCAUGGUGAUCGAUCGUUUGCAGCUGUACAUCUUCUUCAUUGUGACCACGGCCGGAACGGUGGGCAUUCUGAUGGAUGCCCCGCAUAUUUUCGAGUACGUGGAUCAGGACCGCAUCAUCGAGAUUUACAGGGGAAAGUAAGCGACAAGUGAGGACUGGGAGCAGCCAGGGGCUGAAUGAAAUGGUUAACAGCAUUGCAAACGCAACAAUAAUAAGCAAAACGAGGUAUUGAGACAGAAGAAAAACAAUGAAAAAUUGCGAAAAUUAGCGCGGAUUUUUAGAUUUUAAUAAUUAAAGAACACUAAACGAUAUUUGCUUGAGCAGAAUUAACACCUAAAAUAACUAACUAAUAUUAACUCAUUUUGGUAAGCACACGAAUUGGAACACUGAACAACACACACACACUAAACAGUCGUCAAGUAAAACCAAUAAGCAAAUAAUUCACCAGCAACAAAUGUUAAACAAGUAAAUCAAAAAGACAACAACCUAGUGGAAUUGUGAGUAAAUUUAUUAUUUUUAAAACGAACUUAGCUAAUAUAGACAUAUAUAGAAUGAAGUUUAGUUUAAGUGCAAUAAACAGCGGGACGACCGUUUUCCACGAACUUGUUAUUAUGUUGUGCCGAACUUAAUCAUAAGUAAUCCAGUUUUACGCAUGAGAUUUAAGAAUGGAAACUGGAAACAGCCCCAAUCAAUUUGUAAAUGCUUCUCAAAUGCGAUCGCAGCUAGCAUAAAGAUCGUCUUAAUCGGAGGCCCAGGCUGCCAACCCGGAGCCAAACAUGAAACCAAUAAAAAUGCAAAGUUAAUUAA